AGGGAUAGGAAGAGAGUGUGUGGAAGCUAGGGAAGAGAGAGAUUCAGAGAGAGAAGAUGGCAACGCGGAGACGCAAGCGAUAGAGAAUUGCUAAACAAACAAAAGCAGCCGUAAGGAAGAGAGAGAAAAAAAAGGGAAAGGCGAGCAAGAAAGAGAAGGCAGGCGGCGAACCAAACCCCAAGGAGGCCAAGACGCGGACGGCAGCGGGCAGGCAGGCAGGCAGCCAUGCGGCGGUCGCCGUCACCAUCGCCGUCGCCGUCGCCGUCGCCGGAGAGGCACCACCAGCCCGCGCGCCGGAGGGGCGGCGCCGCCCCUUCCCAGAUGCAGCUCCACCACCACCACCACCACCGCGGCGGCGGCGGACGCUCGCCGUCGCCGCCGCCCCGCCGCUCGCUCCGCCCGCGCCGCGCCGCCGCGCCCUCCUCCCGCCCGCUCGUCGACGACUUCUUCCCUUUCCCCUCGUCGCCGUCUUCCUCGCCCUCCCGCCCCCGCCAGCGGGGGCCGUCGCUGGAGCCGUCCAGCUCCGACUCCGGCGCCGACGGUGGCGCCGCCGGCUCCUCGGCUUCCGACAGGCGCCGGCGGAAGCUCAAGCUCGUAGUCAAGCUCUCCCAGCUGCCCCCGGACCAGCACCACCGCCGGGCCCCACCUCCCCCACCCUACUCUGACGGCUCCGACGGGGCGGAGGACCUGGCCGGGGACGGAAGCGGCGACGAGGAGCAGGUCAAACCGCCCAAGAAGCGCCGGAUCGAGCCGCGCGCUGACAGAUCUCGCCAUCGCGAGGUUGGUGGUGGUGGGAGGAGCGACCCCGCCAGCGCGCCGCGGACGAAGCGGCCUUCGGUGCCAGGGACCGCGAGGACGACGCCGCUGCCGGACCGGAAGGCGCUGGAGAUGAUUCUCGAGAAGCUUCAAAAGAAGGAUACGUACGGAGUGUUUGCGGAGCCAGUGGAUCCAGAGGAGCUGCCUGAUUACCACGAUGUGAUUGAGCACCCAAUGGACUUUGGCACCGUCAGGAAGAAGCUGGCCAGGAAUGCAUAUCGCUCGUUCGAGCAAUUUGAGGAUGAUGUGUUCUUAAUUUGCAGCAAUGCGAUGCAAUACAAUGCACCUGAUACAAUUUACUUCAGACAGGCUCAUUCCAUACAGGAGCUGGCAAGAAAGAAGUUUCAGGAACUGAGGGAUGAGGGCAUACCUACAGAAAACCCGAUAAAGAUUGAACAGAAAAUUAGACAAAAUUUCUGCAGUGCAGAUCUGGUUAAGAAACCUGUUUUGAGGUACCCAGAUGAUGAUCUAGACUUCUUGUCCCGCAAAGAGCAAAUUAAGAGACCCAAUUCAAAUAGUGUGGAUGAUGACAUGGGCUUCAAAAAUCAAGUUAAGAAAACCAUGUCCAAGAAUUCACAGGAUCAAAGUUGCUUAUUACAGAAAGAGCGAAUUAAGAAACCCAUUCCCAGAAAUUCAGAGGACAAUUUAAGUUCCUCGUUCCACAAAGAGCGGCCUAAGAAACUGAUCUCCAGACAUUCGGAGGACGACCUGAACUCCCCAUCUCGCAAAGUGCAAGUUCGGAAACUCAUUUCAAAAAAUUCAGAAAAUGAUGAAGGCUCCCCUUUCCACAAACAUCAAGCCAAGUCCACUCCGCAGAGUUCAAAGGACGACUUCUCAUCCCAGAAAAAACACAUCAAGAAGCCAAUCGUCAAAAAUGGAGAAGAUCCAGUUUUUUCAUCCUGCAAAAAGCCCAUUGAGGAUGCCAUCUGCACAAAUGUUGAUGAUGCAGGCUUCUCAUCUACGAAAAGGCUUUCUGAGAAGACCAUUAGUAUAAACAGAGAAGAGGACCUUGACCAUUGUCACCAGGAGUCAUCUAAGGAACCUAGUUGCAGAGUUGAGCAAGAUGAUCAAGGUAACUCAUAUGAUGAAGAGGUUGUUAAAAAGCCAGUUUGUAUGGAUAGACACGAUGCCCAAGGUUCAGAUAUCUCUGCUGCAACUAUUGCUUCUGUGGGAGAUGGCUCUAAUGGUUUAAGCAUGUCACAACCUAAUGCUACUGAACCUACUGGUUCUACCCUUGCCAAUGGGGUUAUAGACAAAGAUACCAGCUCUCCACUAGAUGAAAUAAGAUCUGAGAAGACUGACGAUAUUUCAGCCAAGCCUAGCUACAAGCCAAUUGUGGUAGAUGAGACUAGACGGAAAACUUAUGAUGCAUCUGAAGAACAGCCUCCAAUGGAAUCCGAUCCAGUUUUUGAUGUUUUCUCUGCGGAACCAAAAGAGCUCGUCAAUGUUGGGCUUGAUGCUGAACACUCAUAUGCAUAUGCAAGGAGUCUGGCUCGUUUUGCUGGUUCGCUUGGUGCUCAAGGUUGGAGAAUUGCUUCUGACCGCAUUCGGCAAGCGUUACCUGCUGAUGUAAAGUAUGGUCGUGGUUGGGUUGGAGAAUAUGAGCCUCCAUUACCGUCUAUCCUUGUUGUGAAUGAUCAACCUAGAUACCCGAAGAGCUCUGAGACAAAUAGACGAAGGAAUGCUCCUCUGCCUAGGGAUAAUGAAAGGCUCAGACCAACAGAAACUAAUAAUCCAAAGGAUAUGAGACGGAUAAGCACUUGCAAUAAUGUAGUUGGAGUGCCUGGACCACUAGAGAGUCCAGAAUUUAAGCCAAGAUUAUUUGGUGUUACCACUGAGCCUCAACACAGGAGCACAGACACAUCAUCACUGCAUGAGAACCAUAGAGUGUCUGGUAAUGUUGCGAAGACCAAAAGAACAAGUAAUGAUCAAAUGAGAAAAGGCAAUUCAUCUUCCAAUGCGCGACCUCUUGAAAUGCAGCUACACAAAGGAGCUUCUUCUGGUGCGCUUGAUAUCCCUGCCUCAAACAAAAUGGCUGGCCAGUCUAGACCGUUUUUACAACCACCAGAAUCAACUAGACCUCAGCAAAUGAGAAAAGUUGACUCAUCAAAAAGCAAAAUUCCAAUUGAAAUGGCACCACAGCAAGUUGAGUGUGCAAAAGGUGCUGCUUCUGGUGUGCAUGAUACUCCUUCCUCAAAUGGGCAGCCUAAACACUUCUUCCAGUCACAAGCGGCAGCUUCCUCUGGUGUGCAUGAUAUGCAUUCCUCUAAUGGGCAGCCUAAACACUACUUCCAGUCACAAGCAGCAGCUUCCUCUGGUAUGCAUGCUAUGCCUUCCCCUAAUGGGCAGCCUAAACACUACUUCAAGUCACAGGCAGCAGCUUCCUCUGGUGUGCAUGAUAUGCCUUCCUCCAAUGGGCAGCCUAAACAAUUUUUCCAGUCACAAGCAGUAGCUUCUUCUGGUGUGCAUGAUAUGCCCUCAAACGGGCAGUCUAAACCCUUGUUCCAGUCCCAAGAAGCAGCUGUACUACAGCCCAAAAAUGAAGCAACGUGGGUGUACCAUGGACGACCUGGUGAUGGAAAGGUUGGAACAUCAAACAAAAGCAGACCAUCCACCAGUAUUGGGUUCAUAAAUAAAAAUCAAUCAGUAAAUGCUGCAACUUUUGCCAUGAAUUUGAAUGGACAAAAGAUUGUUAGUGACCAUACAAUAUCAGCAGGCACAACUGCAAUGCCUGCUCAGGCAAAUAUACCAAACAGAGGUCUUGAUGCUCCUCGGAACAUGUUCUCAGCAUUUCCAGCUGCUGUUAUGGAGAACCAGAGCAUUCCAUCAGCUCCAGUGGCUCAAUCUUGGAUCUCAUUUGGUGCUACUACCGAGAACAAACCAACCAUUGUCAGCCCAACUUUCCUUGACAAUAAUUGUGGCUGGAAAAUGCCAUUUGCUAACGUCCAGCCUUCUGAUGAUACCAAAAUAAGUGCUGUUCCUCAGUUCUUUAGGCAUCCUGUUCAGGUAGUUAGAGAGAACUCGGUUCAAAACAAGGGUUUGGUAAUAUUUCCCCAGUUGGUGCAGCCAGAUUUCGUGAGAUCACAAGGGCAACCACAAUGGCAGGGGCUGGUUCCCCACAUGCAACAGAAGGAUGUACUCCGCCCGGACUUGAACAUUGGGUUUCCUUCUCCAGGUUCACCACCAGCUCGACAAUCGUCUGGCAUCAAUUUGGAAGCACAGCAGCCAGAUCUCGCUUUGCAGUUAUGAGCUGGGAAUAGACAAUGAAUACUUUCUACUACCGGGAUUUAUGCUAUAAUCUCUAAGCAUGUAAAGGCAUGAGGAGCUCAGGUGCGAAACAAGGCGAGAACAGCAUUGGGACAUCCGGUACAUGGAUCGGUGAUGAUUGAUUGAGAUGUAGGCUUUACAUGCCACAUGGCAUCAUCGCAACUCAUCAACUCAUCCCGUUGCUGUACAAAGAUAUCAGAAAAUGGAUGGAUGAACACUGCUUGGAAUGAGAUCAUGUCUACUGGGGGGGCAUUCUGACAGGAGUUCAGAAUCCAGCAUUUGGAGAAAUGCUUUGGUGGCAUACAUGUAGGUAGCAUACUAGCAUGCCCAUGAUCUGAAUACUUGGGGCGCCUCUCUGACCACAAUACAGCUUUCUUCGGUGGAAAUUUUGGCACCAGAAUUUAGGAGAUAAAUCGUUCAUUCGGUAGUGUAGAUCUCGUGGUCACCCCUAUGUAAUGCCCAUAUCAAAAUGUAUGUUGAUUGUAAAUGGUUCUGCGUUGAAUAGAUUGUUAGAGUAGGGCAGUUGCCAGUGGCCUUUACCUCUUCUGAAUGAAAUUGCUUCUUUUGGUUCAUGAUGUAUGUAGCAGGAAGCCAGGAACUGAGGUCUAUGACCCAUUCAGUUCAAAUGGCAUGCUGAAUCUAAAAAGGUUGCCAAUUCCUCUCGAUGAAGAUA